ACAGUUAUGAAGCUAGGGUACAAAAACAUAUAGUAGGUUUUGCUGAUAAUCAAGUAUUACCAGCAUUAUAUACCCAUUUACCUCCAGAUCUUUAUAGUAAUAUAAAAAUGUAUAUAGCUAUAAGAGCAGGAAGAGGUGUAAAUCUAACUGUAGAUGAUUUCUUUCAAAAUCUUAAAAAAUGCUGGGUCAAACGUCAAAUCAGAGCCUUAACUAUUCAUCCGCAAAAAGAUUUAUUAGCU